CUCUUUAUUUUUAUCUCUCCCCUUGGCUAAUUUUAGUUGUUGAUAUAAAUUUUCUUGUUUCAGUUGCAAUGCACAAAGAUAAAGAUGAUCCAGUCGGGCUCCAUAGGCAACGGGAUCUAACUGCUUUCGACCAUACACCUAUGGACGGAGAAAUGUUUUUGCAAGCUCUCAACGGCUUUCUGAUGAUUCUCACUUGUGAAGGGGAAGUAUUUUUCGCCACCCAUAGCAUAGAAGGAUAUCUUGGCUUUCACCAGUCCGAUAUCGUGCAUCAGUCCGUCUAUGAACUAGUCCAUUCUGAAGACCGGGAAGAACUUCAGAGGCAACUUAUGUGGAACUCUUUUCUCCCACCUGAAUCUACUAAUAUGGGCCUCCAAGACGUUCUCAACCCGGAGAAUACUCAUCUUUUAGAGCGCAGUUUCACUGUACGGUUUCGGUGUUUGUUGGACAACACAUCGGGAUUUUUAAGAUUAGAUAUAAGAGGAAGGGUGAAAGUUCUGCAUGGCCAAAAUCGGAAAUCUGAAGAACCGCCUUUAGCACUUUUUGCGAUUUGUACGCCAUUUGGACCGCCAUCAUUACUGGAAAUCCCCCAAAAAGAAGUGAUGUUCAAGAGUAAACAUAAGUUGGAUUUGGCGUUGGUAUCCAUGGAUCAGAGGGGAAAAUUGUUGCUGGGGUAUUCAGACUCGGAGUUA